UCUACGAUAACGCUAGCACACACUGACCCGAAGCGAGCGACAAAGUAAACCCACAAAUAACAUUAAACUCCGCAUUAAACUAGUUUCUUAAACAUGAACAUCGACUUUACAACAUCAUGCAAGACAACAGACGGUUAAAAUGUGUUUUGCACGGUUAGUUUGAGUUGAUCUGAUAAGUUAGGAUAAGUUAUUUUGGCGCUCGGGCGGGUCUGUGCUAGUUGAGCUAGUGACCAACUCUUAAUAAAGUUAAACAGAUAAACAUGUUCGAUCAAAUGUGGAUUAUUCAGCGAUGAAAAACACUCACCUCGAUUGAUUAUGAGCUUUACAUAAUAGAGUGCUUCAGACUAUCACAUCACAUAAAGCCAUUAAUCAUUCAGAGAAUGACUGUUUGCUUUGGGCUGGGGAAUGAACCAAGAACCCUGGUGGCUGGAUCUGGGUAUCAAAUGGUCCUCUGAAGAAGCCAUGGGAAGCUGUUUUAGCUGUCCAGAUAAAGAGUCGAUCCCUGACAAUCACCAGAGUAAAUUUAAGGUGGUGAAUGUUGAUGAUGAUGGGAAUGAGCUUGGAGCAGGAAUCAUGGAGCUGACGGAGGAUGAACUGGUCCUGCGGACACGCAAAUGUGAUGCUGUGAAGUGGCCUUACCUAUGCCUGCGUCGCUAUGGCUACGAUUCAAAUCUCUUCUCGUUUGAGAGCGGCCGACGCUGCCAGACGGGGCAAGGGAUAUUUGCCUUCAAGUGUUCCCGCGCUGAAGAGAUCUUCAACAUGCUGCAGGACAUCAUGCACAACAACAGUAUCAGUGUGGUGGAGGAAGCGGUGUUUGAACCUAACCUCAUACAAGCUGAAGCAGACCUGCCCCUCACACCACACACACCUACAACUCCUGGCAACAUCCUCCCUUCUUUACCCAAUGGCAGCUUGCGGUAUCCCUCUUUAGGGGAUGCAUCUUCUCACCCCUCCAGUCGGCAUCCCUCUACGGCGAGCGUGUGUCUGCCCUCACUGGGCGAGGAGUCCACACACCCUCUCUUAGUUGCAGAUGAGGCUGUAAGAGGUCAUACAUAUGUGAACACCACUGGUCUGCUGGAACAGCACAGCCCAAGUUUUGUAGAAAUUCCUACAGACUCUAGUGUGUCAUUACCUGAUGCAGAAUGCGCCACACCUCAGGAGGCCCCUGACCCAGGCCCUCGAGUGCAGCUUGAACCCGAUGGUGUUCGGUUCGUGCUAGGCCCAACCCCCGUGCAGAGACAGAGACAACACGAGGCAUCAAUGUCUGGACUGCAGUAUGCUGGGGCAGACUCCACCUACAACUCUAAUGGCACAGUUAUUUCACAGAAUGCAGGCAGCACGGAUGCGCUUGAAAGCAGUCGGCCUGACGACACCUCUAUGGGAGUCUCGGCAGCUGCAGAAAACUUCAACGGUUCGCUCUCAGCUCUCUCGCGCUGUCGAGCUCGGCCACCACCACUCACUCCCGAUGCCAACAUCAACAACUCCGCCCAGCGGAGAACGGCAUUACUCGACUACGAAAACUUACCAGCGCUCCCUCCUGUGCGAGAGCACCCGAAGGGUGGCUUGGACGAUGAAGAUGGCGAGGAGCCAGUGGAGCUCAGGUUGCAGCCAAUCAACGGCUUCCACAACCACCGGCAGUACAGCCCCGACCCCACUCACUACUACAUCAACACGGAGAAUGUAACAGCCCCGCUCAGUGCCAACAAGGUGGAGUCAGCCCGCUGGCAGGGUUGCUCUACCCCAACAUUCUUUAACUUUGAUUUCCGCCGGCCGGGUCACGAGUUGCAUAGACUGAACUAUAUUGAGGUACAAACCGAGCCAGAGAGCUCUAGCAACCCACAGACCCCAAAGACGCCCACUUCACCACUGCCACAGACGCCCACGCGCAGGACAGAGCUGUACGCGGUCAUUGAUGUGGAGCGCACGGCUGCUAUGUCGAAUCUACAAAAAGCGCUGCCCCGUUACGACGGUACCUCCAGGAAGACACGCCAUAACAGUGUUGACCUGCCCAUGUGAUGGUGCCUGCCGCUGCCUGAACACUCGUUGCGUUUCUAAAACUGACAGUAGGCAGAGGGACCUGAUAUCACGAAUGUUGUUUUGUUUGUAACACUUAUAAAGAUUUUCCUGUAGUUUAAAGAGUCUAAUGUUCACUUGAGAAAGUUAGCAGAGGACCUCGCCAUAUACCUUGAUUUUAUUCCUAUGGUAAUAUACUACUACAUUUCUUACACUCGUUUUCCAGUGCCUGUUUAUUUUUGUUUUAUUAUGUUAAUAACAACUUUGGACGACAUUCCACAGGUUCAUUCCAUAUGGUACAAAUCAGUAUUACACUGAUCAGACGUUUUGUGUUUUCUGUAUUUGCCCUGUAUCAUGAUGACACUACAAGCUGUUUUAAAAUCUGUAUGUAAAGACUUAACACUACAUUUGCAUUUUUGGCUGCAUAGAGUAGAUUUCAGUACUUGGCACAAUAAAAGUCUAUUUUGUUUGAUUUGA